AUGGCCGGUGCUUGUGACGUUACCUUUAUUUCCUGUUUCGGUGCUGAUGUAAGACAUGGUUCAGGCACUUUUGGUACUAUUUGGGUGGGAGCUGGUGUUGAGGCGCGGGUAGUGGCGGGAGAUUCACAGGGAGCAGUGGUCGAGAUUUCUGGUUUUGGUGUGGGUGUAGCGCAUGGUUCUGGAACUUUUGGUACUAUCUGUGUGGUCGCUGGGGUAGGGGCGGGUGUUAUACAAGGAGCGGCAGUCGGGAUUUUCGGUUUUGGGGUAGGGGUCGUGCAUGGUUCUGGUACUUUAGAGGUGGGAGCAGAGGUAGCACAGGGGGCAGCAGUCGACGGUUCUGGUUUUUUGGUAGAUGUGAUGCAAGGUUCAGGUACUUUCGGUAUAAUUUGGGUGGGUGCAGGGGUCGGAGCAGGUGUAGCGCAGGGGGCAGCAGUUGAAGGUUCCGAUUUUGGUGUAGAUUUGAUGCAAGGUUCAGGCACUUUCGAUACUAUUUGGGUGGGUGCAGGUGUUGUGACAGGAGUUACACAAGUAGUAUGGGGAGCAAUACCCUGUUUUGAAGUUGACGUAGAACAG